AUGAGGCCACUCAGAAUCCCUUUGCCACUCAAGAGCAAUGGAUGGACCGUUCCAGAGCACAGUUCACUUGCUGUCGAUUCUCUGAAGUCCCAUCUCACGUUGGACAACAGCCGUCUCGUUGUUCUGUCAAAGCUGUUCGAGCCGACAUCCCGUGUCGACUGCGACUCGCUCGAAGUUGAAGCUCCGACGCAUCCAACUCACUUGUGGUGGUGGAAACAGUCUGCUGCCCUACUCGAGACGCUGCUAACGAAUGCGGGAACCUACACCGCCGAAGAGAAAGCCGACCAUAUGCGCGUGUUUCGCGAUGUUGUCAUCCCAUCUUGGGGCCCGCCACAACCAUCGUCCAAAGUGACACCCCUCCUCACCAUUGAUGGGUCUCCUUUCGAGCCGUCCUGGAAUUUCACCCCGGGCAAGAGCAUCGUGCGCUACACCUUUGAGCCCCUGGGUGACACAGCUGGCACCGAGGAAGAUCCAUUCGGUGGACUCAUUCUGCCCUCAAUGAUCCCCAGCCUCGAGAAUGUCUCCACAGACGUCGACUUGGCAUGGUUCAAGCAAAUCAUGGACGCCUGGAUGGUUCGCGGCGAAGAGGCCAAACUCGCCCGCGCCAACAUGCCAUUGCAGAUCGACCGUGUCGCGCAGAGCUUCCUCGCCUUCGACAUGAAAGGCUCCAAGCGUAACCUCAAGGCUUACUUCUUCCCAGUCCUCAAGCACUUUGCCACAGGCCAGUCCACGGAGAAGCUCACCUUCGACCUCAUCCGCAGUCUGCAGCCAUGCGGUGACCUUUUUGCUCCCGUUGUUGCGAAGCUCGAGAACUAUCUUGUCAACAUCUGCCCCUUUUCGUGUCCUGUGGAGAUGAUUGCCAUAGACUGCAUCGACCCUACCAAAGCACGCAUUAAGGUUUACGCGCGUAGCAAGUCGGUUUCCAAGGCUACGCUGAGGAAUGGCGUGACGCUGGGUGGGGCACAGAUGAACGAGAUGACCAUGGACAGCCUGAAGAAUCUUGAAAAGAUCUGGCAUCUGGUGUUUGACGAGAGAGGCGGCAUGAUGGAGGAGCAGGACAAGAUGCCACAGAACCAGAAGACGAUUCAUCAUGGCAUUUGUUUCGUCUUUGAGAUGCGCGCGGGUGUGGAGCACAUCGACGUCAAAGCUCAUGUUCCAUGGGUCAAUUACUCGGAGAGCGACAUGCACGCUGCUGCCAAUUUCACAUCCAUGUUGAAAUUGUUGGGGUGGGAUGAGGCGGCGGCGAAUUAUGUGAAAGGGGUGUCUGCUGUGGCGAGACUCCCGGGACAAGACUAUUCCAAGCCUGGUGGGAUUUCGUAUUGGUCGUACAAUUAUGGUGGGGUUGGGUCGUACAUGUCUUGUUACUUCUCGCCCAAGUGCAAUAGCUCCUAG